CAGACAGGCCAGAGAUCGUCAUGGCGACAGGUGUGAUCCGCAGUUUCUUAGUCCGACCAUCAGGAUACUUCCCCCUGAUGUUCCAGCCCUCUCCUCACACUGACCCAGAUGAGGAGCAGACACAUCUGCAUCCAGAUGAGAGUGAGCGUGACGAGGAAGAAGAGCUCCAGGAAGAAGAGGAAGAGGAGGAGAUGUUCUUAGAUCCUGCCCCCACCACUCUGGAUAUGACCAGUCAGCUGCUGCAAUUUGCCGAGCUCAUCAGUCGUGACAUCCAGCGAUAUUUUGGUCACAGCUGCGGUGACCAAGAUGCCUGUGACAUCUAUAAUGACUCUGUCUCCUUAACAGCCAGCGGCCGUCUGCGUUACUAUGACGAUUUGCUUAAAAUAGCCAAAGGAGGGAGUCUGGAGGAAAGAGAGAGUGGUAGGUUCAAGCCCUGUGAAGAUGAACAGAGUGUUACUAAGGGUAGUAGCAGUUUGGGGCCCCUGGCUGAACUGUUCGACCAAAAGGGUCUGAGCCAGGGUCGCCCCAUGACCAAGAGACUCCUGCCCCUGAGCUUCUGGACCGAGCCCGGACCAGGUCUCAGCCCAGACAGUGACAAGCCCCAACAAGACCAAGAACUGCCUCUUCACACACACCACUUAGACGGGGCACAGAUGGACUUCAGCGACCUGCUGGCAUUCUGGGACUCCCAUCCUGAGCCCCCCCAACCUCUAACUGAUGACGACACACACAUGCAGCACUGAACUCUGC